AUGGUGAUUUUCACCGUUCAUAAGAUUAUGUUAAAUGAGUCUACUUGCAAUGAUGCGAUACCUGACAUCAUCCAAUACAUGGAUAAACUUCACCAAUACCACGAUAUGGUCAUUUUAUUUGUAACGUUGAUAAUCAGUGUGAUGAUCAUUGCCGUCCCUCGUUUUGAUGCCUUUCUUGUUUUAUAUGGAACUCUCAUUCCAAUCGCUUUCAUUGCUAAACCAGUUGCAGAGAUUUUUACAAUCACGAUGUCUCUUACUUCUGCAUUUUUAUAUUCCAAUCAACGCUCAAAGAACCCGAAAUCGACUAUCAACUGGUCAGCAGACAUUAUACGCUCACGUAUGUCGUUCGUCACUAGAUUCGCGUUUGUAAAAGAAGUUUUUCUUAUACCUUUUGUAAUCGACGUGUACAUUGGUUCAUCUGAAUUUGAAGUCUUGGAUGUCUACGGACUCUUCUUCUGUUAUUCCGUAUUCUUUGUGUUCACUCAAUUAUUCUGUCUCACAAAUUUGGUAUGGCAUUUUCGGUUCAGAGACAAAUUGAAACUCGAUUUUCUCGGUAAAAUCCUUUAUCGUCGACUGAACAUUUUUCUGCUGGUCAAGCUGGGCCAACUUAUUAUUUUUGGUUUUUUCGUCUUUGGCAGACAAUUCAACCCCUUUGAUGUCUCUAUGGUCUAUGUGAUGAUUGAGAGCUUCUCGUUUUCAUACGCAAUCAAAAUUAUGGAAAUUAUCGAAUGUAUUCAGAUGGAAAAACAACUGGCAAGGAAAAAAGGCGAAGCAGACACGUCAGACACACCUUCUGGGACUCAGUUAACAAUGAUGACCCCCUUUGGCUGCGUCCUCUGCUUACACUCAUUCUCACAAGUCAGAGACCUCACUGCUCACAUCAACACCGCUCACCAAAACGCGUACCGCUGCAAUUUCUGCUCGAAGGAGCUCCAGCAAACACAGCUGCUGGCACAUCACUCCACGAUGGCGCAUAUCAAAGGUUUGGAGACUGAUAGAAAUGUCUUCACUCUUAACGGUAGUUAUCCCAUUCUGCUGUAG